AUGAUAUUUAUAAAAACAGGAACGGCAAAUACUUCACCACCACCACUCGAUCCUAGCGAAGCACUUGAACGAUCUGGAAGGCGAGAUGACGAUGAAGACAUACCUGGCACCUCCAACUCAUUCUUGGUAGGCCGUUUUUAUCAUUUAUGGACUGAGUAUUCCUACUAGAA